AUGUAUCGGUGGUCUUUCGAGGACUGGAUUAGGGAGCCCCGGUGCUGGCACAGCCUCACCAAGCUCAGCGAUCGCAUCGACAGCGCCGACGGUCCGGCGGUUACGGCAAACUACGAGGAGCAGUACGCCUUGGCGGGGUACGAGCGCCUCAGAGCCUCCACGAGCGGUUGGGGCAACGGUGUGGGCGGUGCUGCUGCUUCUGCCGCCGGAGGCGAUGCAAGUACCAGCCCGCUCCCCGAGGGAGCCGUGCAAGGCGCGCAAGCUGACACGAGGACGGCUUCCCCUCUCGCCGCCAACGGGGGCAACGCUGACCACGGAGGCGGCGAGGCAUCAGCCGGCAAGCAGGAGACGGUAGCCGCUCCUCACGCCGAUGGUGCGCCAGCAGCAGCGGCAACGGCGGCGGCGGAGGAGGGCACGGAGACGGCGCGAGACGCGGCCGGCGUGGUCAACGAGGUGUGGCACGUCCGCCACGGCAAGCCCGGCCGGAAGACGCUCGAGAUCUUCGACCCCGCCCUCACCGGCGAGGGCCACGUGCAGGCGAGCGCAGCCGGGCUCUACCUCAGCACGCUGCCAUUCAACCGCGGGGGGCGGCGGCGGCGGCAGCCGCAGCAGCAGCAGCCGGGGGAGGGCUUCGACGUGGUCUACACAUCGCCGUUGGCCCGAGCGGUCCAGACCGCGGUGUGCCUAUCGUGGGCGCUCGGCGGCCUCCCGCUGGAAGUGGUGCCCGGGUUGUGCUCGUCCACGGCCGCCCUGGUGCGGCGCGGCGGGUUUCCAAGCGUGGAGGCCGAGCUCAUGACCGACGGGGACAUCGCGGAGGCGUUUCCUGGGGUCGUAGUCAGGCCGCGGGACCCGCUCGCACCCACGACGUUUGACGGCGCCUUGGCGUGGCUUGCCGCCAAGGCCUGCGAAGGCACGACGGCGAUGGUGGCGAAUUCGAGCGUCGGCGAAGGGAAGGAGGAGGUGGUGCCCACGCCGCACUGCUGCAUCGGCGUGUUCAGGGUGGCGGAGGCGGGGGAGGGGGGAGGAGGGGGGACGUGGGCGUACGAGCUGCACGACCUGCUGGCGAGUACGGGAGAGUCGCUCGGGCCCUGGGGCGGGGAACCAUCGUCCUACGCGAGGCCGCUUCGGACGGCGGCCGCGACGCCGGAAGACGGGAAGAACGGUUCCCGGAGCGGUGACGACGGCGCUGCAGCAGAAGCAUUGGCUGCGCGGGUGAUGGCGCUGACCGUACACACGGAGGGGUCGAAGCGUGGGGCUAAGAGUGACAGAGAAUGUGCCCGGAAACAAGGGGGUACCGUGGGUGGCGAGAUCACUGCUUCGCCGGCAGCGUCGCCAUGGCCGCUAGGGGUGGAGGGGGGAGCCCCGGCACAGGACGUUUCUCGGAGUGUUCCCGCGGUCGGGAGCGAAGCAGAGGGAGGCGCUGGUUGGCAAGGGCAGCAGCAGGAGGGGGACGAGAGUGCAGACGCAGAGGAAGAGAUGGUGUUCGACACGCUUAUGGUGAGGGUGUACUGA